UGGGGAUGUUGCCAUCUCAAGAUUUGGAAUUUCAAGUAGAUAAUACUGGAUUUUUCAUCCCUGAUAAUAUGCAGAGAGUUUUCAACUGCUCGACCGAUCUCCAGACACUUAGUAAUGAAAGCCAACAUCUAUACCAUGGAGGAGCAACCACAGCCACCACUUCAUCUCUAGCAUCAGAGAUUUCAAGCUUGGAAGAUCCCACAUACAAAGUGGGCAAAAUCUCAGUCGAAGAAAGGAAAAGAAAGAUUCAUAGAUACUUGAAGAAGAGGAAUGAAAGAAACUUCAGUAAGAAAAUCAAGUAUGCUUGUCGGAAAACCCUCGCAGACAGCAGGCCUAGAGUGAGAGGAAGGUUUGCUAAGAAUGAUGAAUUGGGAGAAGUUGGGAGACAUAUGGGAAACAACCAUGAAGAUGAUGUGGAUGAAGAUUUUGGUCUAUAUUCAACUUCCAUACCGGAUCGUCGAAGAAAGGUUGUGAAAGAAGAAGAUGACUCCUCGGAUAUUUUGGCACAUAUAAGUGGAGUACAUUCUUUGAAGUGUAACUAUCCAAUUCAAUCUUGGAUCUAAGUAGGGAGUUGAUUAAUUUGAGCAAUUAAUUUGGCAUAUGUGAUGCUUUGGAUAAAUCUUAAGACCUAUUUUAUCUUUAUAUUAACAACCACCAUG